AUGGUCAUCAUCAAGACCGCACCGAUAAAACGCCUUAACAAUGAACGGGAGAUAUUGAACAUGUUUCAGGGCUGCCCACAUAUUCGACCAUUGCUUGAUCAGAUCGAAGAACCUCCAGCUCUGGUGUUGGAGUUCCUUCAGGAUAACUUGCUCAAGGCGUCGAACAUGAGAAGGUUGGAGAGGCCAGAGAUUAAGUUCGUUGCAAGAGGAGUCCUUGAAGCAUUGAAUAUCUUCCACGAAGCAGGUUAUGUGCAUACAGACGUCAAGCCUGACAACAUCCUCGUCAACUAUGGCAACGGGACGAAUCGGUUCAGCGAGGUGGAGCUGGGUGACUGUGCAGACGCGUACUGUGUUGACCCAAAUGCUGAUCCGUUCGAUGAGGGUCACGUCAUUGGUGCAGCGAUUUUUCGCAGUCCUGAAGCAAACCUCCAACUCCGGUGGGGUACCGCUACGGAUAUUUGGUCUUUUGGUGCUACACUCAUAAGUCUUAUAUGGGGUCAAGACUGGCAUAUCUUUAUACCUGAGGGUUAUUCGGUGGAUGACCCGGAUUACCCCACCCAAGUGCUGGUUAAGCAAGCAUCUAUAUUCGGCCCUUUCCCUCAUAGUUAUAUCGAUAUUGCCGAUGAAGAGAGACAAGGUAUCCUUGCGGUUAUUAACAACUAUAUUAACGAGAACGGAUUGUGGAAACCUUUCUCGAUGGCUGAAGAUUCGGAACUUACCGUGGAGGACAGAAACUUCAUCUGCAAGAUCAUGAGGAUGGACCCAAGGGAUAGGCCCACGGCGAAGGAGCUGUUGGAGGAUCCGUGGUUUCACUGA